AUCACACUUCGAUUAGUCCAAGCACCAAUCCAUCGACCACCAAUCAAGGAAAGACAAGACGGCCACUACAUAUACUAGGACUUUCGCUUUUAGGCCACCGUGUCCUUUAUACUUUCAACUUGUUACACUCACCUACUCACCUGACUCAACACCUAGAGCCUUGACUCAUUGAUCCUUGUCUCAGCUAUACCAUGCGUUGGCAAGGGUGAUCUUGCUGCUGUUUAUUUGUAUUGAGGAAUUAGGACGGCACCUCUUUACUUUCAGCUCCAUUCAUUUCUCUUCUAUCGGUUACGCCAUUGAAGCUUACCAAAGCUACAAAACAACAGCUAAAUCCGAAGCAAGCUGCUACUUAUCAGCAGCAGCCUUGCAUCUAGAAGAAACCAAGUCCUCCUAACAAACCAUACACCCAGACACCAUACUACAGAGACUCAGAAUAAACAAAAAAUGGAUAACUGGGAAUCACAACAAACUGCGACUGCGACUUCGACUCCUCAAGUCAAGUUCGAGGCUUCUCCCGCCGAGUCACUAAUGUCUGUCCCUGGCGACAUGUAUCCCUCCCUCUUCGCCGCCUCCUCCACGUUAAACUCAUUGGAGAGUGCUAUGACUCCUCAGUCAUUCACAGAAGAGAAGUCGGUAGCCCCGACCAGCACUGAGGCUACACCUUCUCCGGCGCCUGAGAACGCCGAGAAGAAGCCGACUAAGAAGAGGAAGUCAUGGGGUCAAGUCCUCCCAGAGCCUAAGACUAACCUACCUCCAAGAAAGCGAGCUAAGACCGAAGAUGAGAAGGAGCAACGACGAGUUGAGCGUGUCCUUCGAAACCGUCGCGCUGCUCAAUCUUCCCGGGAACGUAAGCGGCAAGAGGUGGAAGCCUUGGAACAACGAAACCAACAAUUAGAAGAAUUACUGCGAAACCAGCAGAAGACGAAUGAGAUGUUGAUGGAUGAAUUGAACAAGCUUCGACGGGGCAACGGUGUUAGCCGAAGCUCGUCCCCACUUGACGCAUUCCAGCCUUCUCCCUUAACUUUAUCACAGCCUUUAUUUGGCUCAUCUCAGAAUGGCCAGGCUGAAGACAAGCCGGGUAUGAUGAACGAUUUCAUCCUCAUGCCCGAGCAGGACGGCACCGUCGACCCUGCCUCCCUUUCACCCGAAAUUACACCCGUAGCCGAUGACAACCUUGAUGAAUCGUCGACGACUGAAAAGGUCGCGACGGCGCCCGCCUCCGAGUCUUCCACAGACGCGACACAACAUCCAGCAGCGGUGUUGUGCGACCUGCAGUGUCCGUCAGUGGAAGUUCCUCGGUCGUGGGUAGCCUCGCGACAACCGUCGCCUCCAGCGCUGUCACUCUACCUGCAGCUUCAAACGCUGCUGAUAGCCUCUUCGGCGAUGCUUUCAGCCUUUCGGCACCCUUUGACGUUGAUUCGUGGGGCACUCAAGGCCAAUUUAGUCCUUCAUCCGACCCCCUCAAUUUUGAGUACAAUAAUCUGGCUAGUAACUCGACCCCCCAAUUUCCGGAAUUCGACUUCGACCAGUUCCUCAGCACCGACGACGUCAGCGGCGCAGCUCCAGGCGCAACCGCGGGAAGCGACUCGGUCGCCCAAGACAACUCGGAACCAUCUUUCAGCCUCUUCGACUCUGAGAAUCAAAUCUCUUCAGAAGCUCUUAACCAGCAGCCCCAUCUUGGCGCGUCCGCUCAAGGAUGCGACGAUGGAGUUAUUGCGGUUGGUGUCUGAGAAGGGACGCGAUGACCGGGUCGAGGAGCUGGCAUUUGGAUCCCCGGGUAUCAAGGGCGAUCGUAGCCGUGGACCGCAGACGUGGCCAGACGGCACCAGCUUACCGUCGCGAGAGGUAUUGCUCACCCUGAUGUGGGCAAUCACUGUCGAAGAACGGAAAUUUACUAGUAGUACUAUAGAGGGGGAGGCGACUAUAGCCUCCUCGCCGAGUUCCCGACCCGGAUUAUCAAGCGUCCUAGGACAACAGACACCACCAGUCAAACCAAAUUUUGUAUUAUCGGUGAUAUCAAAAGGGGAAAGAGACAUGACCACGGAAUUGGGUAGCGGAAACCGGAUAAGGCUUUCCCCAUAAGGAGUUCCGGAUCAAAACGGCAAUGGACACACAGGCAGGCGUCACAGGAGCGGUUGCAUGAUGUGUGUGGGUUUGAUAUGGAAGCUGAGCUUGUAUCAUUACUAUGUUAUGAAUUUGAGAGUCUUGUGCUUUCA